AUGCGACUAAAAGUUGGUUCUUUGAAGGAGUAUGAGGUGCCUGAGAUUAUAAGCUCUAUUCGACAAGCUGGAAAAAUUGCUCGUCAGGAAGAGUUUCAAAAUAAUCUCUCAGAUGUCGAAGACCCGUUUGCCAAAAAAUUUGAGGUGCUGUUCUGUGGACGGGUGACAGUAGCACAUAAAAAUGCACCUCCAGCACUCAUAGAUGAAUGCAUUGAGAAAUUUAAUCGUGUAAGUUGUACAAAAAAAUCAGAUUGCAACUCAUCAUCCCAACAACAUGAAACUGCCAAUAACUUCGGAGGCUUCUCUUUCAGUGACAAAUUUCGGUCCGUCUUCCAGCCCUUGGUCAGUGAAGAAGAGGAGAAAAGGCCAAUUAGGAAAUCCUUUUCCCAGCCUGGGCUGCGUUCUUUUGCUUUUAAGAAGGAUUUGCAAGAGGGAAGCCAAAGGAGUAGCAGCUUUGUCAGGUCUUUUGAAGAAGAUGCCAUUUCACUGAACCUAAAAAGUCAACUUAUCUAUGGACACAGUGUUGUGCAGCCAACAGACAUUGCAGAAAACCGGACAAUGUUGUUUACGAUUGGCCAGUCUGAAGUUUACCUUAUCAGUCCUGACACAAAAAAAGUAGCAAUUGAAAAAAGCUUUAAAGAAAUAUCAUUUUGUUCUCAGGGAAUUAGACACGUGGAUCACUUUGGGUUCAUCUGCAGAGAGUCUUCAGAAAAUGGAGGCUUCCACUUUGUCUGCUAUGUGUUUCAGUGUACAGAUGAAGCACUGGUUGAUGAAAUCAUGAUGACAUUGAAACAGGCUUUCACUGUAGCUGCUGUGCAGCAGACUUCCAAGGCACAGCCCCAGCUCUGUGAAGGAUGUCCUAUGCAAAACUUGCAUAAACUCUGUGAAAAGAUAGAAGGGUUACACCCUUCUAAGACUAAACUAGAACUACAAAAGCAUCUAACAACACUAAGUAACCAGGAGCAGGCCUCUGUUUUUGAAGAGGUUAAGAAAUUAAGACCAAGCAAUGAUCAAAAAGAGAAUGAGUUGGUUAUCUCUGUUUUGAGAAACAUGUAUGAAGAAAAACAGAAGGACCAUGUCCAUGUUGGAGAAGCAAAACAGACUUCACAACCCCCUACUGAGAAUGCUGUCAAUGAAGUGCCCAGCAGUGCUUCGAGAUUCAGAUUAGAUAUGUUAAAGAACAAAGCAAAAAGAUCUCUGACAGAAUCAUUUGAAAGCAUUUUGUCACGUGGCAGUAAAGCCAGAGGUCUGCCAGACAGUGCUGGUGCUGUGGAUUUGGACAGCUCCAUGUCCAGUUCCUUAAGCAGCACAAGUAAAGAAGCACCAUUGUGUGAAAAGGAGAAAGACAGACUUCCUGCGCUUCCUACAGAAAACGCUGUCAAGACCAGUGGAUCAGUGGGUGAUCUCUCCAGCGAUGCAGAUGAUUCUCCAGUUGAGCAGUCUGUUACGUUACCUCAGCAAAGCUUUCGGAGGCGAGCAAACACACUGAGUCAUUUGCCAACAGAAAGCCAGGAAUCUCUGGUACCUGUUGAAACAUCACCGUCUGUUCCCCAGAGGAAACUUAUGAGGUAUCACUCAGUGAGCACAGAGACUCCUCACAAAAGAAAUUCUUCUGGUCAACUUGCGCGUUCUCCUACUCUAGCUCGUCUUAACCCUUCGGCCUCUUCGCCCAACUUCUUUAAAUAUCUAAGGCAUAAUUCAAGCGGAGAACAAAGUGGGCAUUUUGCACAAAAGAGCAUCUCCUACCGUACUGCCUUAAGGAAAAAGCUUCAUUCUUCCUCUUCUGUGCCAAAUUUCUUAAAAUUUCUGGCUCCUGUAGAUGAAAAUAACACCUGUGACUUUAGGAGCACAAGUGACUACGAAUCCAAACACAGCCAGCAGGCCAUUGGUGAGGACAGCCCUGUAAGGACUCGACGGCAUUCAUGGAGGCAACAGAUAUUCCUGCGAGUGGCAACCCCUCAGAAAGCAUGUGAUUCUCCCAGCCGAUAUGAUGAUUACUCUGAACUGGGAGAACUUCCACCCAGAUCCCCAUUGGAACCAGUGUGUGAAGAUGGCCCUUUCGGGCCAGUGAAAGAAGAAAGGAAACGGACACCCCGUGAGCUUCGUGAGUUGUGGAAGAAAGCUAUUAUUCAGCAGAUACUGCUGCUUAGAAUGGAGAAAGAAAACCAGAAGUUACAAGCUUCAGAAAACAAUUUGCAGAACAGACGUCUGAAACUUGACUAUGAAGAAAUCACACCAUGCUUAAAAGAGGUAACUUUGAUUUGGGAAAAAAUGCUGAGUACACCUGGAAGGUCAAAGAUUAAAUUUGAUGUGGAAAAAAUACACUCUGCUGUUGGGCAAGGAGUACCUCGUCACCACCGUGGGGAGAUCUGGAAGUUUCUAGCAGAGCAAUACCAUCUUAAACACCAGUUUCCCAGUAAACAACAACCAAAGGACACACCUUAUAAAGAACUCCUAAAACAACUAACUUCCCAACAACAUGCAAUACUUAUUGAUUUAGGGCGCACAUUUCCAACACAUCCAUACUUCUCAGCACAGCUGGGAGCUGGGCAGCUGUCACUCUACAAUAUUUUGAAGGCCUAUUCACUUCUGGACCAGGAAGUAGGAUAUUGCCAGGGCCUUAGUUUUGUAGCAGGAGUCCUGUUACUUCAUAUGAGUGAAGAAGAUGCUUUUAAAAUGCUGAAGUUUCUCAUGUUUGAUGUGGGCCUGAGGAAACAAUAUCGUCCUGACAUGACAAUUUUACAGAUCCAGAUGUAUCAACUGUCUCGACUUCUUCAUGACUACCAUCGAGAUCUCUAUAACCACCUAGAGGAACAUGAGAUUGGCCCCAGCCUCUAUGCUGCUCCCUGGUUUCUCACUAUGUUUGCCUCCCAGUUUCCCCUUGGAUUUGUAGCUAGAGUGUUUGAUAUGCUCUUUCUUCAAGGAUCAGAGGCUAUAUUUAAAGUGGCUUUAAGCCUUUUGGGAAGCCACAAGCCCUUGAUUCUGCAGCAUGAGAACCUAGAAACUAUUGUUGAUUUUAUUAAAAACACUCUCCCCAACUUGGGUUUGGUACAGAUGGAAAAGACCAUUAGUCAGGUGUUUGAAAUGGAUAUUGCCAAGCAGUUGCAAGCUUAUGAAGUUGAAUAUCAUGUGCUUCAGGAUGAGCUUAUAGAUUCUUCUUUAAAUGACAAUCAAAGACUGGAUAAAUUAGAAAAGGCAAACAGUAGCUUGCGCAAACAAAACUUUGGUCUCCUGGAAGAACUGCAGGUGGCUAAUGGAAAGAUCCAAAACCUUGAAGCCACAGUAGAACUUUUAUUGACCAAUGAAGGCAAACUGAAGCAGUCCAUUCUCGCUCUUGAGCAGGAGCGAGCAGCUUUGCUGAAAACAGUGGAAGAGAUGCAAAGGAAGAUUGGUGAUACAGAUGUGAAGCCUCUACUUACUAGACAGGAACACAUGGUUGCUGACUGAUGUUCACAGUAGUAAUGGAGCAGAGAAGCUGAGCAAGAAACAAAGGGAAGAACUGGCUCUUUCUGUCAUGAUCUGUGGGGAUUUGGUAUUAUUACUUUCAUUGUACAUGCCUUACUGUAGCAAAGCAAGGUACAGGCAUGGUGGCUUCCUGUAUCAGAGAAGCCAGUUU